AUGAAAACUUGUAAGAAAUUUCCGGAGUUGAAAGAUUUAACCGGUUCCCGUUAUUGGGUAUGUUAUUUUCGGUUUAAUGUCUUAUAGUAAUAGUCUGUUGCACGGAAUGUUUGUACUAAAAGUACAUUCUGGCUCUUUCGGCAUCUUUCAGCAACUUACUGUGUUUCAUUGUGAGUAAACAUAUUUAAAAUGUAUUUUCAGUAAAAAUCUGCACCUGCUUACAUCUCACUCAUUCCAUGCUCUUACUUAUAAGUUAGUAAAAUCAUGGAAUUUAAGUGGAGUAGUGAAUAAUUGUAUUUAAAAGAAUCUUCUUGGAAUUUUCUUGCCCCUUCUUGCCUCGUUGGUGUAAUAGGUUCCAAUAAAUGACUGAUAUUGUUUUGAACAUUUUACUUUCACAAGUUUUUACGUCAAAGGGAUAAAAUAUUGUAGUAUGAAUGGGAAAUUUAAUAACACCUGGAUGAUAUUUUUAAUUGUGUAUCUUCUAGGGAACUGUUAAAAAACAGUUAAGCCAGUAUUUCAGGAACCAAAGGCGAUACUCAGAACCAAAACCAACGUUGCCGUCGCAAAAUGAAGGAAAAGGAUCUUCCGUGGAAAUAGCAAAGCUGGAGCCGCAAGUAAUGGGUAUGGAGACGCAGAAAAGAAACAUGGCGCUGCUGAAAGAUUAA